AUGCCUAGAUUGGGAUGGAGGUGGUUACUUGCAGUAUCUUCUGUACCAUCUUUCACAGUGCUUCUGUUUUAUGGUUUUGCGCCUGAGUCUCCAAGGUAUCUAUGUUUGAAAGGUAGAACGUCUGAUGCAGAAAAUGUUUUCAAGAAAAUAGCGAUGGUCAACCAAACAAAACUUCCUUCAGGGGUGCUUGUUUGUGAUCAAAUGACCAAGCCAGACGAAGAGUUUGCUCCUUUGGAAAACACCCAAUUACUGUCGUCAAAAAAGAACCAGACCACAGUUUCUAAAUCAUUCUUCUCAUCACUUACACUUUUCUCAUCAAAGUUAAUGAAUACUACCCUUCUUCUUUGGGUGGUUUACUUUGGAAAUGCAUUUUCAUAUUAUGGCAUUAUAUUGCUGACCUCGGAGCUAAGCAGCAGUCAGGGUAGUUGUGGCUCAAUUGCUUUACAUUCAGAAAAUUCGGUGGAUGCUAGCCUCUACAGAGAUGUAUUUGUUACGAGUUUUGCUGAGCUUCCUGGGCUUGUGUUGUCAGCAAUUUUGGUGGACAGAAUUGGACGCAAACUUUCCAUGGCACUUAUGUUCGUGUUAGGCUGCAUAUUCCUUCUUCCCUUGGUUAUACAUCAGCAUGAGAUUUUAACAACACUCUUAUUAUUUGGAGCUCGUAUGUGCAUAAUUGGAACCUUCACCAUUGCUGGUAUUUAUUGUCCAGAGGAAUUUCGGUUCUUUUCUUCCCACUCGAGACUAAGGGACGGGGCUUGACUGAUACAGUAUAUAUGUCUAAUUCACCUCAAGUUAUUGUGGCUGGCUAAGCAUUUCCUGCACCCUAGAUUUGUAAAAAGAAGAAACAAUUCGUCAAUAUUUUUCACUGUUGAGUAGUUCUUUACUGGCAUAUGUAGAGCUGUGCUUAAUAUUGUUUUCUGUAUUGCUGCCAUUUAAAGCAGAGAAACUGAUCAUUAAGUUGUACAU